AUGGCUGUCCGCGCUCAGUUUGAGAACUCCAACGAGGUUGGUGUCUUCUCGACUCUCACAAACUCAUAUGCCCUGGUGGCCCUCGGUGCCAGCGAAAACUUCUACUCUGUCUUCGAGGCAGAGCUUCAAGAUGUCGUGCCCACAGUCCGCACAACAAUCGCCGGAACUCGCAUCAUUGGCCGAAUGACGGCUGGUAACCGAAAGGGUCUCCUUGUGCCCACAUCCACCACAGACCAAGAAUUGCAACACCUUCGCAAUUCCCUCCCGGACGCAGUGCGCAUCCAGCGUAUUGAAGAGCGUCUCUCCGCCCUCGGCAAUGUCAUCGCCACCAAUGACCACAUUGCCUUGAUCCACCCUGAUCUCGAGCGCGAGACGGAAGAAAUCAUUGCUGACGUCCUCGGCGUCGAGGUCUUCCGACAGACCGUAGCCGACAAUGUUCUUGUCGGCAGCUACAUGAGCCUGUCUAACCAGGGCGGUCUCGUGCAUCCCAAGACCAGCAUCCAAGACCAGGACGAGCUGUCCAGUCUGUUGCAAGUGCCCCUCGUUGCCGGCAGCGUCAACCGUGGUAGCCAUCUUGUCGGCGCAGGUAUGGUCGUCAACGACUGGCUGGCCGUCACUGGCCUUGACACCACAGCCACUGAGCUCAGUGUUAUUGAAAGUGUUUUCAGACUCGGCGAGGGCCAGGGCCCCAGCAACAUCAACACCAGCAUGAAGGAUACAAUGGUCGAAAGUUUCUACUAA